AGGCCACGCAGACGCAGACGGACCCAAACCCCCCAGCCAGGAUCCCGCCGCACCCGCACCCGCGCCCGGCGUCUACAUAUAACCCGCCCGCGCAGCGGGUGCAGAGCCAACAGCACUGUAACACUUGUCCGCGCCGAUCGACCGAGCCCGAGAGCGCGCCAAUGGACCCCUGCGCCUUCGUCCGCCUCACCGUGGACCAGCUCCUCCUCAAGCUCCCCGCCGUGCCGCGCCCCAGCUCCGGCGCCGCCGGCGUGCACCCCUCCACCUCCCCCUGCUUCUGCACGCUCCACCUCCAGGACCACCCUUCCUCCCUCUCCCGCACGGCGCCGCUGCCCCUCGCGUCCGCCUGCCUCCCUGGCGGGGCCUGCGGCGGCGACCCCGUCGUGCUCAGCCUCGACGCCGCCGCCGUGCAGAAGCUCUCGGGCCGCCCCGUCGAGCUCGUCGUCACCGUGCACGCGGGCCAGUCCAAGGGGAGCACGAGCACCGGCUGUGGCGUGGGCGCCAGCCGCGCCCUCGGGAAGGUGCGCGUGGCCGUCGACGUGGCGCGCGCCGCGGCCGGGGAGACCGUCGUGGCGCGCGACGGGUGGGUGGACGUGGGGAAGCCGGCGUCGUCGGCCGCGCGCGCGCAGAUCCACAUGCUCGUGCGGGCCGAGCCCGACCCGCGCUACGUCUUCCAGUUCGGGGGCGAGCCGGAGUGCGGCCCCGUCGUCUACCAGGUGCCUGGCGGAAGCGCCGGCGGCGGGCAGCGGCAGCCGGUGUUCACCUGCCGGUUCAGUGCUGGCCGGAGGGCAGCUAGGACCAGAUCUCUGACGUCGGAAUCGUCCAUGACCCGGAGCCCCAGCCGGAGGCUGCGAUCGUGGCUGAGCACGCUGCACGGCGACGGGGACAAGCGUGCGCAGCGCGACCAGCGCAAGGGGUGGAUGGUGACCAUCCACGACCUCUCCGGCUCCCCGGUGGCGGCGGCGUCCAUGGUCACCCCGUUCGUGCCGUCCCCGGGCUCCGGCCGCGUCUCCCGCGCCAACCCGGGCGCCUGGCUCAUCCUCCAGCCCACCGGCGCCGGUGCGUCCAGCUGGAAGCCGUGGGCGCGGCUGGAGGCGUGGCGGGAGCGCGGCCCCGUCGACGCGCUCGGCUACCGCCUCGAGCUCGUCUUCGACUCGGGCCCCGUCGAGUGCGCCGUCCCCAUCGCCCAGUCGUCCAUCAGCGCCAAGCGCGGCGGCCAGUUCGUGAUCGACCCGGCCACGUUCCCCGAGGGCUCCACCGGCGGUGCGUGGCCGUUCGCCGGCGGGUUCGUGAUGGGCUCGACGGUGGAGGGCGAGGGGAAGGCCAGCCGGCCCACCGUGCAGGUCGGCGUGCAGCACGUGGCGUGCAUGGGCGACGUGGCCGUGUUCAUCGCGCUGUCGGCUGCCGUCGAUCUCUGCAUGGACGCAUGCAAGCUCUUCUCGCACAGGCUCAGGAAGGAGCUGUGCCAGGACCAAGACGACUAGUCUUGGUCGUCUCUCGUCUUGGUCGUCUUGGGCUUGACUCUUGUGAAGGUGAUGGCCUGUGGCUGUUUUUUUAGUUUAGGCUGGGUCGGAUCACAAGAACAGAUCGAACGAGUGUGUGCUUAUUCUUUCGUUGAGAUAUUCCUUCGAUUCUUUGUAGUAUAAUAAGUAAGUCUAUGCAGCUGUAGUAUUCAGUGUCGUGCCUGAUCGAUUCA